AGCUCUUCUUGUGCCGCUUAUAAUAGAUAAUUUUAGGUUUAUCGAGUGUUUUAAGCUUUCAAAGAUCAUAGUUGUUUCUGACUUUCGGCUUCCCUAAGAUUUUCGGUUCAUUAGAGAGGCCCUGGCAUGGUGGUCAAGGAUUUUGGUUUAGGAUCACUACACUCGAAGCUCUACUGUUUUUUGUAGAGCAACUCGUUUAAAUUGAUAAUAACGUAGGUCACACACGGUCAUAUUUGCGGAAUGAUCUACCAAGAAGUUUUGAAUCGUUACGAUGGGUGGUAGAUUAUUAUAGUCACAUGGUGACAUCCUGAGACGUCUGCUGGAUGAUGAUGCGAAAGGUGGCCAGCAAAUCACCAGGAAAUCCCAACUAUAGCUCUCCAGAUGCACCGUGUCUAGCUGCUGCUUCCACAACUUGCAAGAAAGAGUUGCCAAGUAUUGGUGAUGGAGACCAGUCUGGCUGUGGUGGCUUAUCAGGUGCCUUGAGUGAAAAAGGCUUGUACAUCUCGGACAGUGAAAAGGAAGAAGCAAACUUUGCCACUCUUUCAAUCACUGAUAACCACGGCUUGGAACUACAAGACCUCACCUUGUGUGGCAAAAUUUCCAAGAUGCCUGCUCCUCUGGAUACUCAGUCCCUUCUCCACCAUCAACCACAACCACCUCCUUCAUCAAAUGUGAUUGCUUCCUCCACGAUACACCAGCAGCCGCCACAGACACCACCAUCUAACUGUCCUCUGAGCAGCAGCAUCAUAGGCAGCAGUAUAAGUGGCAGCAGCAGUGGGCGAGGCAUCAAGGACAAGAAGCUUUCAGGUGGCUCUCUUUCAAUGCCUGACCCACCGCGCCCCAAGACGGUCACCGUCAUCGACCAGAAUAACAAAGCCAGACCUACCACUAAGAAAACUAAGCCCAUCCAAGCCAAUCUUGAUGUCUCUAAGGAGUUCAGCAGGUGCCGAGAAGAAGGCGCCCGUCGCCUCGACCUCAGCAACUCGAGCAUCAGCCACCUGCCCCCGUCUGUACACAACCUCACGCACCUCUCUGAGUUCUAUCUCUACAGUAACAAGUUGGUCACACUCCCCGCCGAAAUCGGCAGUCUGGUUAACCUCCAGACUCUUGGGCUAUCAGAGAACUCUCUGACAUCGCUACCAGACACUCUGGACCGCCUCAAGAGGCUCCGAGUGCUCGACUUGAGGCACAACAAACUCUGUGAAAUUCCUCCCGUCGUAUACAGGAUACCUUCCCUCACCACCCUCUUCCUGCGCUUCAACAGAAUACGCACAAUUGACGACCGCAUCCGCAAUCUUAUUAAUUUGACAUCACUGUCACUCCGUGAAAACAAAAUUCGAGAGCUGCCUGACGGUAUUGGCCAGCUCGUGAAUUUAAUGACGUUGGACGUUGCCAACAACCACUUGGAGCGUCUGCCUGACGAAAUAGGUUCCUGCGUGCACCUGCAAACCCUACAUCUGCAGCACAACGAGCUCGUCGCUCUGCCGCCUGCUAUAGGAAACCUCACUUCCCUCGUCACAUUGGGACUCCGCUACAAUCGCCUGACGGAGAUUCCGCCCAGUCUUAAUCAGUGCACUCUCCUUGUGGAGUUCAAUGUGGAGGGCAAUCAAAUCUCGCAGCUGCCAGAAGGCCUUCUGUCGUCUUUAACUUAUUUGUCAUCACUGACGCUGUCCCGUAACAGUUUCUGCUCAUAUCCGGUGGGCGGACCUUCUCAGUUCACUAAUGUUCAGAGCAUAAAUUUGGAGCACAAUAGGGUUGACAAGAUCCCAUAUGGGAUUUUCUCGCGUGCCAAACAUCUCACAAAACUGAACAUGAAGGAUAAUGCACUUACCUCCUUACCACUCGAUAUUGGGUCAUGGACGAACAUGGUCGAGCUCAAUCUGAGCACUAACCAGCUCACUAAAAUCCCUGACGAUAUUUCAUGCCUCAUAAGUAUGGAGGUCCUCAGGCUUUCCAACAACCUCCUGAAGAAAAUUCCAAGCAGCAUUGGUAAUAUGCGGAAGCUGCGUACACUCGACCUCGAAGAAAACAGACUUGAGGGACUGCCUCCUGAAAUAGGUUUCCUCAAAGAGCUCCAGACUCUGACGGUUCAAAGCAAUCAGCUUUCUGCCCUGCCGCGUGCUAUCGGGCAUCUUAAAAACUUGACGUAUCUUAGUGUUGGUGAAAACAACCUUGGGUACUUGCCUGAAGAGAUUGGUUCGCUGGAGUCUUUGGAAAGUCUCUACAUUAAUGACAAUCCCAUGCUGCACAACUUGCCCUUCGAGCUCGCGUUGUGCACCAAUCUUCAGAUCAUGUCCAUCGAAAACUGUCCUCUCAGUCAGAUACCCCAGGAGGUGGUUAAUGGUGGACCAUCGCUUGUCAUACAGUACUUGAAACUUCAAGGCCCCUACCGCUCCAUGUGAAUGGAUGACAAGAUGACCUCGUGUCUGAUCUGAAGCUGCGAUGUUGUUCCUCCCAUCCAUGCUAAUGAUGCAUCGUAAUCAAGAACAAAGAAAUUUCUACUUCUAUUGUGUUCAUGUUCAAGAUUCUUCAGAGUUAAUGAUGGCAGGAUAUUAUAUAUAAAAAGUAAAUUAUUAUUUGAGUACAUCUUUCGUGAGAAACUAGUUUUAAUUAUAGCGAUGAACAGAGAUGAAUUAUUAAUUGAACAUUUAUUGAAGACUUCAACAUAACGGCAAAUUUGUAACCGUGUCUGCCACAAUUAAAAGUACCAAUUCACAUGUAAUUGUUCAUGAAGACCAGUCAUAAUUUUCUUAAAGAUUUACACAUGAAAAGGUUUAACGAGACUUAAUUGAAUCGAAUGCCUAACUGUUCUGGGAUGAUCUGGGAUAUCUUUAAACGUUCAUUAUCUUCAACGUUCUAAUGAUUGGUGGUCGGCAUCACUGCCGUGAAUCGGUAGUACAAGUUGUCUAUUGAGCUGGUGAUUAGAUGCAAUGAUUCACUGAAGACUUGAUUAAUGAUGAAAAGCACGAGACGAAUUUUAUCCUCAUCACUUUCGCAUAACAGAACUACUUUUUGCGAAGCCAUUUUUCUACGAAUUCUACGUUUUAUUCUGUUUCUUUCUGUACGUGCUUGAUGACAACGCACGUUAAAUUGAUAUUAAUCCGAACUUUCCUUUACUCUUAAUUGUAUUAUAGUUUAUUUUAAGCUAAUUAACAUUGGUCUUAUAUUCAGUACUUGAUAAGCGUUCUCAAGUUAUGUUCAUGUUCAUAAUUAGUAACUUGAUUUUAAGCCCCUUCUAGUUUUAAUAUUUCUUACAAGCGUUAAAAGAUUAUUCCUGGAUAUUAAUUCCAGCUUCUGAGAAUUUUACUCGCGACUAACCUCGUAUUGAGGUUGACUGCAGCGCAACUCAAAUCUUUGUUUAUUGCUCUAAAUUUUCCUCUGUGCAAAGAGGGGAAAAUUUGCUCUAUUUUAGUUAAAAUUCACAUAAAUUUUCCUAUUGAAAGAAAAAUGGAGCUGAUUUUUAUUAGAUCAGUCAGUUGGUUUUGAGAUUUGCUGAUGAUAUUAAGCCGUUGUUUUGUGCAGUUUACUUGUCCUUCAAACGCGCACAGACUGUCAUUCCUUGCCCCUAUGUAGCGUCGAUGCUACAAUGCGGCUUAGGCAUGAAUACUCUUCAUUCAAUUCCGAAAACAAAUACUGCGUUUUUAUGUGUGCAUUUUUUGGUAAAAUAGAUCAAAUUUUAAAUAAUUAAAAUCGUAUAGACUGAAUCCUUUAUUUGGAUGAGCUCCAUUAGACCAUUGAUCUCAGUUGCUUUCUAUUUUUUCUCGGAUUUUAUGAUGCUGAAAAUGUUCAGCUUAUGAUUAAUAUGGGAAAUUUAUAUUCUUUUUUUUCUGUUGACAUCAUUACUUAACCAAUAACUUUCAUGUUGUGUUGCUUUAGGCAGGUUAUCAUGUGUCCAUACCCAGGGCACUAACAGUUCGUAAUUGGUGCGUUUUUGUGUCUCGUCUAGUGGUUGAUUUCGCACGUUAUCGUCAAACAUUUUCUUCAUAAAGAUUUUUUUGAUUGGUGUCGAGAGUAUAUGAUCAUUUUGGUUGUUUCAAGGUCGCUCUCAUAAUAAAGGGUGUGAGCAUCCGCCUUGGAGAAGUACUUUGAUUGGAUUUACUCGCUAGUGCACUUCUCUGUCUCGAGGCGCAGAACUUCUUUGUUUUAUCGCGUACCUUUAUUUCAUUAGCGCUUAAUGCGCGGCCAUUUAAGAUGAAUUGUGUGUGAUAAGUGCUCACGUUUUAUGACUUAAUUUAUAGUUUACAUUUUUUGACAGUGACUAGUAUCUUGCAUGCAAUUAAAAGUGGUAUUAGGCAACGCGUCAUUCUGGUCUUUGUUCUUCAUUUGGCUUCUUAUUUCCAGGCCAUUGUCAAAUUUAAAUUUUCUUUCUUAAUGAAAAAUUAGCAAAGCUUUAUCUCUAUUAUAUUUUAUGAACAUGUGCAUGAAUGGUCAUGAAUGUCGUGUUGCGAUUCCUAUGCUGAAUGUUAUUUUGUGCCUGUGUGCGUUUCUGUUCUGCGAAUGCUGAGUGCAUGGAGUUAGCGAUGUCACGUACGAGUAUUAUAUGGUUAAGAUGAUAUUAAUGAGCAGGCAUGACAUGACGAGGCACGAUUGGUAUGGAAUGAAUGGCACUGGGCAAAGAAUGUUUGUGAUGUAAGGUAUGACAGUGGCGUGUGUUCUGUGUUUUUUUGGUAGGGUAGCGCGUCAGGUUGCGGUGCUGGAGACGCGGCAGAGCUCGUCUGGUCUCCCCCCAUAGAUAGCUAUCGCUGCCAUCCUUCAUCAAGUCGCUUCACUCCUACAAUGAUUUCACAUACCUUGCAUAAUUUUAUUUGUUCGUGUGUUUGUUUAUGUACGCAAAUACAUUUUUUUUAACUGUAGCAGAAACUUUACUAAGCGUUUUUAUAUCAAUAGUAGUAAAUUCUGCCAUUAACAAGCUCAGCGCUGAGCCUUUGACUAAAAUUCAACUUAGGUCGAAUGUUCAUUUUUUUCCGAAAAUUUUGUUUUUUCGUAAUUGCGAAUAAUUUUUUCUACUUGACGACACUGGCAAGCGGUGGCUUCAGAAGCGCUCUGCUGCAGCGACGACCGUGGUGCUUCGGCGUUCGCGUGUCUUAUACAAUGCAGCCUGACGUUCCAGUCGUUGUAAUCCAGACUAUAUUCGAUGUUUAGCUCUAGUUCUUGUGUCUAGGUAGUUUCGAGUGAUUGAUCUGGUGUUCCUGCGAUUACUAACGCAUUGUGGUGGAAUGCUUGUUGUGGUGAGUGUGGUGUGAGGCGCUGAGUAGUCUCUGAUGCCAAUGAAUCUUAUCAUAGACUUCUUCCUGGUCCUCAAUCCUUUGGUAGAAUGGCGUUUGUGUCGUCCGUAACAAUGACGCCUUCCUGUAUUUUGCGGGUGCCCUCGAGAUAGCUGCACCUAGAGCUCCCUAGAUCUUGUCUCUAGAAUUUUUCCUUGUCGUGCGGACAGCUACUAACAGUAAUGGACUAGGGUUGUCUCUAGGCGCAGCUUAUGAGCGAGAUGGACAUGUAUGCUGCAUGUCUCAUCUGCACUGUCACUCGAGUGCCGUCUGGCUUCAGUAUUACAAACUGUUGCAUCGUGAUUAGGUUUUUCUGGAUGUUGUUUACCAACGCAACUUGGUUGAAUUUGAACUUGAUUUUCCAACUGCGACUACCCUUUGCUUCCUGAAAUUAUUAUUGAGACGAGUCGAUGUUUCGUGAAGUAAAUAAUUGCCCUAAAGGUUAUUCGCCAUAUUAGUAGAAAAUAGCUGAAUUUACCUUACGUGUAAUUCACUAUUCGUUAUCAUCCAUUAUCAUGAUUAUCAUCCAAAAAUACAAGCAAGUAUCCCGUAUCGUGAUACCAUCUCGUGUAAGUUUGAUGGUGCGUACCGAUUCUUGUGUUGGUAGAGGCGGCACCGAGUGCGGCUUGGGGGCACCCGUCAAUGUGAGGCUCGUCGCUGCGUUGCGCUUGCAUUCCCUGUAGCGAGUCGUCGGCCAUUCUAGUAGAGCUUACCAUACCCCAAGUAAAGGCUACUAUUAAUGUGUUAAUCGUUAAAUCUUCCUAAAUAUUAAUGAAAUUGAACUAUACUAUCUAUAAUGUUACGACGUGGUUGUAGGGGACGAAUAACUUUAUCAAGAAGUGCUACUCGAGCUCCUUUUAAUAGAUUAACACUUAAUGUCGUAUUCUGAAGCCCUCUUGAUCUUGACUGGUCACGUUUUCUCUUUCCUGACGUUGAAGUCUAGUAGAAAAUUAUUUCAUGGUCUCGAUUACCGAGCAAUGAUCCAUUUCUUCCCAGACAAGUUACAAAUGUACUAGUCAGUAUGUUUUAUUUUGUCAAUUGCGCUUCUUCACAAUUUGGACUCGUGUAUGUCGUACUUGUACUAUUAGUUCAAUCUAUUUUCCUUGCUAUUAAUUUUACUUCUGCCUUUUUCCGCCCAAAUAUUUGUUAAAUGCUACCGAUGUUUUCUUUCCUUUCAUACAAUUGAGUUCGAAAGCUAAUAAUCGAUGGAGGGAUACCACUAGUUGGAAACAUGAAAGGUGGGAGUCUAUCACGCCUGAAAGAUUCGUCAAUAAAGUAAAUACGAAUAAUCUUUGUUUGGAAAAAUUAUUUCGGGAUUUGCUCUCCUCCUGAAGUAAGUAAUAUCUUGCUUCAUAUAGAAGAAACUUUGUAAAUUUAAUAAGAAUGCUAACAGUAAUCGAGAACUGGUGUUGGGAUGUCAUGCCAGCCGCUCACCCACCAUACACGCUCGAUGUCCUCGCGAGGCUGCAUCGGGCCGAUGGUGCUGCUGGCCUCUUGCAUGACAAGUUCUUCGUCCAAUAAUGUUCUAUGUUUCUUUCUUUGAAUAGCAAAUAAAUAUGGUCGAGAUAGUAGUAGCGCUACCUUAGGUCUUGUCUUCUAAGAUAAUUCAAUUUAUAAUUAAAUCCCUUUAGAUGGAGCGCUGGUAACACUUUUGUGUCAGUAUUCCUAUUCCGUCAUUAGUUGGGCGUUUGAUCUGUCUCCUUAUUCAGAUAUUUAGUUCCAUCGAAAUGUUUUGUGUGUCUAUCUGACGGCAGAUGUACUUGGCUUUGUAUCAGUCAUGGAAAUGUCACUCAUAAAUACGUAGGUACUAU